GGCAGCAGCCACCCGAUGUCUUCGGCGCCCGAGAAGCAGCAGCCACCGCACGGCGGCGGCGUCGGCGGCGGCGGGGGAGGCGGCGCGGCCAUGGAUCCCGCGGCGUCCGGCCCGUCCAAGGCCAAGAAGACGAACGCCGGCGUUCGGCGGCCCGAGAAGCCGCCCUACUCGUACAUCGCACUCAUCGUCAUGGCCAUCCAGAGCUCGCCCAGCAAGCGCCUGACGCUCAGCGAGAUCUACCAGUUCCUGCAGGCGCGCUUCCCCUUCUUCCGCGGCGCCUACCAGGGCUGGAAGAACUCCGUGCGCCACAACCUCUCGCUCAACGAGUGCUUCAUCAAGCUGCCCAAGGGCCUCGGGCGGCCGGGCAAGGGCCACUACUGGACCAUCGACCCGGCCAGCGAGUUCAUGUUCGAGGAGGGCUCCUUUCGGCGGCGGCCGCGCGGCUUCCGAAGGAAGUGCCAGGCGCUGAAGCCCAUGUACAGCAUGAUGAACGGGCUCGGCUUCAACCACCUCCCGGACACCUACGGCUUCCAGAGCUCAGCCGGCGGCCUCUCGUGCCCGCCCAACAGCCUGGCGCUCGAGGGCGGCCUGGGCAUGAUGAACGGCCACUUGCCGGGCAACGUGGACGGCAUGGCUUUGCCCAGCCACUCGGUGCCCCACCUGCCCGCCAACGGCGGCCACUCGUACAUGGGCAGCUGCGGCGGCGCGGCGGCCGGCGAGUACCCGCACCACGACAGCUCGGUGCCGGCGUCCCCGCUGCUGCCCGCGGCCGCCGGUGGGGUCAUGGAGCCGCACGCCGUCUACUCGGGCUCCCCGGCCGCCUGGCCGCCCUCGGCCUCCGCGGCGCUCAACAGCGGCGCCUCCUACAUCAAGCAGCAGCCCCUGUCCCCCUGCAACCCCGCGGCUAACCCCCUGUCCGGCAGCCUCUCCACGCACUCCCUGGACCAGCCGUAUCUGCACCAGAACAGUCACAACGCCCCAGCUGAGCUGCAAGGCAUCCCGCGGUAUCACUCGCAGUCGCCCAGCAUGUGUGACCGAAAGGAGUUCGUCUUCUCUUUCAACACCAUGGCGUCCUCGUCCAUGCACUCGGCCGGCGGCGGCUCCUACUACCACCAGCAGGUCACCUACCAAGACAUCAAGCCGUGCGUGAUGUGA